UGUGGUGUGUCUCAUGUUACAGGGGAGUCGGUGUGUACUGCAGCUCAGUGCGUUUCUGGCCGAAACAAGGAGAAUUCAGCAUGGCCUCCUCCAUCCCCGCCGUCCUGUCCCUUAUUAUAGCAGCUCUCUGCCUAACCGCAGUCGCUGAAGACUGUGACGGCUACGUGAACAGCGCCGGUAUUUACCGCAUGUCCCAGGACUGCUCGUUUGUACAGUUCUGUUGUGGAACCUGUGAUAACCGAUACUGCUGUUCCAAUGCCUUCACUAAACUGAAUGAAGACAACUGCUUUUUCAACAAUCACAAGGAAACCGUCCCUAUUGUCAGUGCUGUAGUGGGUUUCAUCAUCUUGAUCAUCUUCAUCGUGACCUGCUGCGUCUGCCCCUGCUGCUGCCUGUACAAAAUGUGCAGAAAGCCCAGACCGGUACUGGCGACCACCACAGUGGUAACCAGCCAGUAUCCCCAGCAGCCCACUGUAAACCCCACUGCAAACCCUCAGUACCCACCAUACCAACACGUCCCAGCACAGCCCGGCUACGGCCCCCAGCCCGGCUUCGGCCCCCAGCCCGGCUUCGGCCCCCAGCCCGGCUUCGGCCCCCAGCCCGGGUAUGGAACCCAGAGCGUGCCCGCUGCUCCAUUUCCAAGCCAGCCUUAUGCACCCGGACCCCCUCCGCCAUACCAGGAGAACGUAUACCCUGCUCCCUACAACCAGGCGGCGUACGACGGCGGGCACCCUCCGUACCCCGUCAAUCCCCUCAUGCAGCCCGGCUUUGCCCAACCGCCCCCGGCGACCAACUUCAACGCAGCCCAGCCUCCGUACAACCCGGCCUUCGUGGACCCGCCCAAAACCGGAUUCUAAACCACAAGCGUCUCUCACCGCGCGGUCUCGGCUGGAUUACUCGCACCCACGCACUUCCACUCUGGGUUCGGAUCUGUCUGCUCUGUAUUUAUACUCGUAGCUUUUUGUGGAAAGUGAAAAGUAAAGUUGACCACAAAAGUCUGGAAGAUAGUAAAUAUAGAGCAUAUAGGUGGGACUCAUGUACUUCAUCCGAGCCAUUUCAGCUUUUCUUACUUGUUUGAGGGAAAUAAAGAAGAAAACUCGUACGAGACUGAACGAAGCGCCGCAGGAGAAGAAUGUGUGUUUUUUUCUUUUGUCUUUUAUUUGGGUGUAAAUUGGGGUUUCCCCCGAGUCUGAGGCGAGAAAUGCCAGUGAGGGUGUGCUUUACAUGCACUUUAACCACAAUUAAUGACAUUAUACGAGCUAAGAGUGUCACUUCUGAUUCAGAUUAGGAAAACGUGGGAAAAAAUUUAUAAUUUUGAAAGAAAAAGGGGGAUGUUCUGGGUGAGCGAUAAUUUAUCAUGUUACACUUUUACGAGAGUAUUAGAUCGCUGAUUUUUACAGCUUACUUUAACCAGCAGUCGAAGUAGCCGUGCGAUUUCUUCUCCUUUUGUUAUUGUUUUAAAUUUCUAUUAUUUUAAUAACAUCUUUUUAUUUGUUGCUUUUACUGUUCAGUUUUCAGUCUUUAGCAAAAUAAAUAUACAAAAUAUAUGGUC